UAGGAUUUGGUUAUUUUGAAAGUUUCAAACCCUAACUUAACUAACUCUAGAACUGGGAAGAUCAACCUGAUAUCACGUACCGGCGAAAAAGCAAAACUACAAUUCGAUCAAUGGAAACCAGAUCUGCUAAGAGGAAAAGGCUGUUGAAUCGAGUCCGUUCUUCACCCGGCGGCGAUGACCGUCUCAGUGAUCUCCCCGAUGCUAUUCUCCACCACAUUCUUUUCCUCCUCCCCAUCAAAACCGUCGCACAAACCAGCGUUCUCUCGAAGCGAUGGAGGCAGCUCUGGUACUCCUUCCCCGAUCUCGAUUUCACCACCAUCAACCCUUUCGCCAAUGCGCCCGUCAAAAUCAGCUCCACCGGCCGGAAAAAAGUGCAUUCCUGGAUCGCCAACGGAGCCGACUCCAUCAAUCAGGUCUUGGCUCUCCGCGACCGGAAUUCCCCGAUAAGAGCGCUCCGUUUCCGUGCUCACGUCACCUUCUCCCGCCUCAACCGCCUCAUGCGCCGCGCCGUGAAGCUCAACGUUCAGGAACUCGACAUCGAGGUUGCGACGAACGAUUAUUUCAAUUUCCCUCGGAGUGUCAUUUCCUGCGAGACGUUAAGGGUUUUCAAGCUCAAGUCUCGUUAUCCCGGAUUCAGAUUGCCGCCUUCUCCCAUCAUGAAAGGUGGAUUUCAAUCGCUUCACACAUUGUCCUUGUCUUAUAUCAUCUUGUACGAUCAGCCUUCGCUUCUGAAUUUGUUCACGGAUUCGUCUUUUCCUUUGCUCAAGAAGUUGAACCUCGACGGGUGCAACGGGCUAAUGCAUCUGAACGUCAGUUGUCGGGCGCUGGAAGAGUUAAGUCUGGAGAAUUGUUGCCAGCUCGAGUAUUUGGAUAUUGUGGGUUCAAAGCUGGAGAGGUUACGAGUGAUAAGCUGCUUCGAUUCCUAUAGCAAUGACAGUUUGGUUAAAAUUGAUGCCCAAAGACUCCAAUCCAUUUUCUGGUCCAACAAUACCAUCACUGAUAAAUGUUGUUUACAGAAUUUAGUUUCAUUGCAUGGGGCGUUCAUUGGCUUCUUCAUCCUUUUCGAGGACCUCAGUGCGGUGAAGCUUCGCAGCGUAUCCAAUUUUUUGUCAGGGAUUGCUUCUUCCCAGUGCUUAAUUCUCGAAUAUCAAUGUGUUGAGAUUCUAUCAAAGAACAAUCACAUUGCAGGUGUCUCGCUGUGUAAUUUCAGCAAACUCCAAUCCUUGGAAUUACACACUGGAUUCAACAAGCACAACAUUCCAGGAUUAGCAAACCUGUUCAGGAGUGCUCCAGCUAUCCACACACUCAUAAUCAAGAUUAUCAACGAUCACAAUGUCGAAAGAAGACCAUGGAACAGGGACCUAUGGCAGCUAUCUAGCACUGUGGAAGAGAGGUUCUGGGAGUCACAAAGUCAAGUGAUGAAGUCCUUUUUGCAGCACCUAAAGGUUGUAAAGAUUCAUGGAUUUUCGGAGUGCGAGAACGAGAUUAGCUUAGUGAAGUUCCUGCUGAAGCAUGGAAAAGUGUUGGAAGAAAUGUUCCUAUACGGAGGAUUUUCCAAGUCCAGAGACUCACUACACCGAGAAAAAAUAAAAUCUCAGAUAAUGGGAUUUUCUCGUGCUUCUGGUAAUGCUAAGAUUGCAUUUGACUAGUUAACCCAACCCAUGCCACCCUAGCUAGCUAGCUUGCAAUAACUUCAUCAUCUAAACAAAGUUAGUGAUCUGAUCUGAUUAACUUUCGGAGGAUUUGGGUUUAAUAUUAUUUGAGAUGAGAACUAUUAUUCUGAUCUGAUCUUGACACAAUUUUGUACUUGUAGCUCUCUCCCUCAAUUGCAUAUCUUCUGGAUUUGGAUUGGGUUUCCUUUCAUAUUUUUGUUUUGCUGUUUGUGAAUUAAAUUAGUUUUUAAGACAUUUUCACUAACUUCAUCAUAACUAAUCAUUGGUGUCGCUUCUUAUUGAGUUUUUACUGCAG